AGAGAAAGAGACCACGGUAGUCCGUACUCCGUCGCCCACCGGAACUUGGCCUCCGCCGGUAUGCACAUUUUUUAAAACCUAUCUUUCCUCGCCUUUUCGGCCAUCGAGAUGUCAUGGUUGGCACGUUCGCUGGCGAACACUCUGCGACUCGACGAUGACAAACCCGACGUCGCCGCGUUCGGCGCCGUCGCGGCAAGCGCGCAUUCUCCGGCUUCACCUUCCAAACCACACCCGGAAGAAGAUGAUCGAUCGGACGCUCAGGGGCGAGGCGUCAAAGAAGACCUCUCAGAAUUCAGAGAAACCUUGACGCGCCAGCUAUGGGGCGUCGCGUCUUUCCUCGCUCCCCCGCCUUCCCAGCCAUCUACUCCUUCUCGUUGUGGCGCCGAUCCUUCGGUCUCCGACUGGGAUCGGUCCGAGCCGUCGGAUCCGUCGGUCUCCGGUGAGGUUUCGGGCGAAGAUACCGCCGAGAACGCUGGGAUUUCGAGCAUUCGCAGCGAUAUCGCCGGGAUCGGAGGCAAGUUCAGGACGGGGUUCUCGAAGCUGUCGCAUCACAGAGCGGUGUCGGAAAUUUCGAAGAUGGCCUCGAAUUUUCUACCGUUUGGGUCAGAGAAGGACGAGGGGGAGUGGUUGGAGGAGUAUGAUUUAGGAAGAGUUGCAGGGGUUACCAAUGAGGUGUUAGCCUUCGCGAAGAAUAUCGCGAUGCACCCUGAGACGUGGUUGGAUUUUCCGCUAGAGGAGGAAGAAGACUUGGAUGAUUUUGAUUUAUCGGAUGCCCAACAAGAGCAUGCUUGGGUUGUUGAACGCCUUUUGCCAAGACUAGCAGCUCUUAGAAUUGAACUUUGCCCUGGCCAUAUGACUGAGAGUUACUUUUGGAAGGUCUAUUUUGUUCUUCUGCUUUCAAGGCUCAAGAAACAAGAUGCUGAGCUUUUGUCAUCACCCCAGGUAAUGGCAGCUAGAGCAAGGUGGAUGCAGGAACUACAAAAACGGACAAAGCAAGAACAAGGUUGGUCCAGAGGAGGCACCCCACACUCAAAAGAUUGCAGUAAUUUAUGGAAGGAAGAUUUUGUUUGCUCAUCGUCUUGUAAUGCUUGCUCUGAAAACAUGCCAUUUAGGACCAAUGCUUUUGAAUCUGCUGCUUCUGCAACAACGGAUAUUGAGACUGAGAAGCAUCCUGUUGUAAGUUCUGAGAUGCAAAUAAUUGAUAAGUCUGUUAUUGAAGAAAAACCAAUGAUCUGGACCAAAGAUAAGGAUGUAGCACCUGGGUCAUCAUCCAAAGUAAUUCUUCAAACCUAUGAAGAUGAUGGGGAUGACUGGCCAGAGGAGGAAAAUUCAGACCUAGCUGCGUAUAGGCGAACCACCAUUCCUUUGGGAAAUGAAGAGGACGUCUCUUUUAGUGAUCUCGAGGAUGAUGAUUAUGAUUGCAGUGUUCCUGUAAAAUCCAAGGUAGUCCCUUAAAGAGUGUUAAAACCUCAACAAUCCUUGUGAUUGUUCUAUAGCAAAGAAAAAGCUCGCUGAUUGAUCGGUGUGGAUGUAUCCAAAGGACUUGCAAGAUCUUGUGAUGCAUUGGCAUAGAUAUUUGAGCUAAGGACUAAUAAGAUCUCGGAAAAGCAUUGACCACAGGGGUUCUUGCGUAUUAUAUGGUGGUGGUUCUUGAGCUUCUUCCUUGCGAUGAUCAACUAUAGUCUCCUUGAGGUAAAUAUGUCUCGAUUGGUCAACCAAAUUGGCAACUGAUUUAGUCAAGCCCAUGAGUAGAUGUGAUUAAGCAAUUAUCUUGUGAAAAGAAGCAUGCAAACCUUUUGCAGUUCACCAGUAUUUGUACUAAUGAUUGGAGCAACUCGCUCGUUUGUUGGCAGUUGGUUUCGUAUCUUGGAAUCGAAGCAGAAGAUACUCCCAGGCUGAUAAAUCUGAGGAGGAUUGGGAUUGUAGCGGUUCCCAUAUUUAAGUUUGUGUUUUUUUUUUCCCCCUUUUUAUUUAAUGGGUAUUGUGGAAGCAAUGAAGCAUGCUGGUCAUUUUUGUUCCUGCACAAAAACAGUGCUUGUACAGAUGAUGGGGUUGGGAAUGAGGCUCUGCAUGGCUUUAUCACGGGAGCAUUAUUUUGUUUUUGUGGUAUGUUUGAAAGUCCAACUCGGAAUGCGUUUUUUGGUUUUAUCUGCAGAAUGUGUUCAUGAAAUUUGUUGAA